AUUUGGAAAGGGGGGUCUCACACAUUAUUGGGGAAAAAUAUUUGCUGCACCAUUUGUGAAUAAAUAUGAUUUAGUCCUAAAAUUAAGCACUCACAAUGGAUUACGAAUCUUCCGAAUUCAGUGAUGUUACGACUGGCAGCUGCAAAAAAAGGCUCACAUUUCUGAAAUAUAUUUUAAGCGACAUAUCGAGCGAUCAAAAAUGGGCAGCCGAGUUCGGGGAGGACACGGAAGGACAUCAGUUCUCCCUCGACUAUCUGUUGGACACUUUCGUAGUCCUAUAUGAUGAAUGCAGUAACUCAUCCCUGCGAAGGGAGAAAGGAGUCUCAGAUUUUCUUAAACUAUCCAAGCCUUUCGUGCAAAUUGUACGAAAACUCCGUCUAAGCCGAGAUGAUUUUGAUAUACUCAAAAUUAUCGGGCGAGGUGCCUUCGGAGAAGUCUGCGUCGUCCAGAUGAUAUCCACCGAAAAGGUCUACGCCAUGAAGAUCCUGAACAAGUGGGAGAUGUUGAAGCGGGCCGAGACAGCCUGUUUUCGGGAGGAGCGGGAUGUGCUGGUCUUUGGCGACCGGCAGUGGAUAACCAAUUUACACUACGCCUUUCAAGACAAUAUUAAUCUGUACCUUGUCAUGGACUACUACUGCGGCGGGGAUCUCCUUACCUUGUUGAGUAAAUUCGAAGACAAGCUACCGGAGGAUAUGGCCAAGUUUUACAUCACCGAGAUGAUUCUGGCCAUCAACAGUAUUCACCAGAUCAAGUACGUUCACAGGGACAUCAAGCCGGACAACGUCCUGCUCGAUAAGCGCGGCCAUGUGCGGCUAGCGGACUUUGGUUCCUGCCUCCGACUGGAAAAGGAUGGCACUGUCCAGUCAAACGUGGCUGUCGGCACACCAGACUACAUUUCCCCGGAAAUAUUGCGGGCCAUGGAGGACGGGAAGGGGCGGUAUGGAACGGAGUGCGAUUGGUGGUCCCUGGGAGUGUGCAUGUACGAGAUGCUGUACGGAGAGACUCCGUUUUACGCGGAGAGCUUGGUGGAGACCUAUGGCAAGAUCAUGAAUCAUCAGAACUGCUUCAAUCUGCCGACGCAGGAGACCAUUAACUACAAGGUAUCGGAGACAUCUCAGGACUUGCUGUGCAAGCUGAUUUGUAUACCUGAGAACCGCCUUGGCCAGAACGGAAUCCAGGACUUUAUGGAUCACCCCUGGUUUGUGGGCAUCGACUGGAAAAAUAUUAGGCUGGGGCCUGCGCCAUAUGUGCCGGAAGUGUCCAGUCCCACUGACACUUCCAACUUUGACGUCGACGACAACGAUGUCCGGUUAACGGACUCUAUUCCUCCCUCUGCCAAUCCCGCCUUCUCGGGAUUCCACUUGCCCUUCAUUGGCUUCACCUUCUCCCUCAGCAGCAGCUCUCCCUCGGACUCGAAAAAGAACAGUUCCGGAUUCGGCGAUACUCUGGACACUGUGAGCAGUCCACAGCAGGCCAACAUACCGAGUAACAACUCGGAGGCUUCCGUCGACUCCGCUCAGGAGAAGCAGCUCAAGUCGCUAUCUGAACAAAUAGCUGCCUUCAAGCAGGAAAAACUAGAACUAACCAAGCAGCACAACGAGAUCUUCGAGAGACUUAAAACGCAGGACGCGGAGCUGCAAGACGCCAUUUCCCAGCGCAACAUAGCCAUGAUGGAGUACUCUGAGGUCACCGAGAAGCUGUCGGAACUGCGCAACCAAAAGCAGAAGCUCUCUCGCCAGGUCCGCGACAAGGAAGAGGAGCUGGACGGAGCUAUGCAGAAGAACGACAGCCUGCGGAACGAGCUGAGAAAAUCGGACAAAACCCGACGGGAGCUGGAGCUGCACAUAGAGGACGCCGUGAUCGAGGCAUCCAAGGAGAAAAAGCUGCGGGAACACGCCGAAGAGUGCUGCCGACAACUGCAGCUGGAGCUGAGGAAAGGCUCCUCCAGCCUGGAGACCACCAUGCCGCUAAGCAUUUCCUCGGACAUGUCGUCGUACGAGAUCGAGCGAAUGGAACUGCAGUUCACGGAAAAGCUGAGCCACCAGCAGACGCGCCACAACAUGGAAUUGGAUACUCUGCGCGCACAACUCGGUGACUUGGAGAGCUCGAACGUGGAACUGUCCAAGGAGCUGCAGCAGACACAGGAAAGGCUCAAGUUCACACAGCUGGAAUCCAUUACGGACUCGGCAGAAACCCUCUUGGAAUUGAAGAAGCAGCACGACCUGGAGAAGUCGUCUUGGUUUGAGGAGAAGCAGCGACUAAGUUCGGAGGUGAAUCUCAAGUCGAAGAGCCUUAAAGAACUGCAGGCGGAGGACGAUGAAAUCUUCAAGGAGUUGAGGAUGAAGCGCGAAGCCAUCAACCAGUGGGAGCGGCAGAUGGCGGAGAUCAUCCAAUGGGUGUCCGAUGAGAAGGACGCCCGCGGCUACUUGCAGGCUCUGGCCACCAAAAUGACCGAGGAGCUGGAGUAUCUGAAGCACGUUGGCACCUUCAAUAACAACGGAGUAGACAAUAAAAACUGGCGAAAUCGACGAUCGCAGAAACUGGACAAGAUGGAGCUGCUGAACCUGCAGAGCGCUCUGCAAAGGGAGAUCCAAGCCAAAGCGAUGAUAUCCGAUGAACUGAGCCAAACCCGGUCGGACCUCAUUUCCACUCAGAAGGAGGUGCGGGACUACAAGAAGCGCUACGACUCCAUUCUCCACGACUUCCAGAAGAAGGAGACCGAGCUGCGGGAUCUGCAAAAGGGAGGCCUCGAGUAUUCCGAGUCGUUCCUGAACAAGUCCACGCAUCACGGCCUCAGCAGUGCCUUCUUCCGGGACAUGUCAAAAACGUCUGAGGUCAUAGAUUCUGGCGAGAGCUUCGGCAACGAAUCGGGCGACAACUACACCCCAAACUUCUUCCAGUCCGGAAACUCUGGUAUGCUCUUCAACUACGAGCCGAAGUUUUCCGGCAAAAACAGCAAGGAAAACGCCUCCAUGAAAGAGGUCUCCGUCAGCGACUUAUCUCGAGCGGAUGAUAGCGACAUUAUGUCCCUGAAGGAAUCUCAGAAGAAAGUGAGCACCGGGCAUACAUCGAUCCAUCAGUUUCUGGUGCGGACUUUCAGCAGCCCGACUAAGUGCAACCACUGCACCUCCCUGAUGGUGGGACUGACGCGACAGGGAGUGGUGUGCGAGAUCUGUGGCUUUGCCUGCCACACCAUCUGCUGUCAGAAGGUACCGACAACCUGCCCCGUGCCCAUGGACCAGACCAAGCGACCACUGGGCAUCGAUCCUACCCGGGGUAUUGGCACUGCUUACGAGGGCUAUGUGAAGGUGCCCAAGUCUGGGGUCAUAAAACGGGGCUGGAUACGCCAGUUUGUGGUGGUGUGCGAUUUCAAGCUGUUCCUCUACGACAUCUCGCCCGACCGCUGCGCCCUGCCCAGUGUGAGUGUGUCCCAGGUGCUGGACAUGAGGGAUCCCGAAUUCUCGGUGGGCAGUGUGCGGGAGAGUGAUGUCAUUCAUGCCGCCAAGAAAGAUGUGCCAUGUAUUUUCAAGAUAAAAACUGCGCUAAUUGACGGAGGUCUGUCGUUGAAUACUCUGAUGCUGGCCGACAACGAAUCGGAAAAGUCGAAAUGGGUCAUUGCCCUGGGGGAGUUACAUCGAAUAUUGAAACGAAACAGCUUACCAAAUACUGCUAUUUUUAAAGUCAAUGAGAUUCUGGACAAUACGUUGUCCUUGAUACGAAACGCUUUGUGUUCUGUCAUCAUCUAUCCAAAUCAGAUUCUUCUGGGCACCGAAGACGGCUUGUACUACAUUAAUUUAGAUCAAUACGAAAUCGCUCGUAUUGGGGAGAGCAAGAAGAUCCUUCAGUUGUGGUAUAUUGAAGAGGAACAAAUUCUCGUUAUCUUGUGCGGCAAGCAGCGAAACUUGCGCCUGCUGCCCAUAAGAGCAUUAGAGGCUAGUGACGUCGAGUGGAUCAAGGUGGUCGACUCGAAGAACUGCAUAUCGGCUUGCACUGGAAUAAUCCGCCGGUUCCCCAACAUUGUCUACUCCUUCAUUAUCGCGUUGAAGCGGCCCAAUAACCACACACAAAUCGUAGUCUACGAGAUCAACAGAACGCGCACAAGGCACCAGAAGACUUGCGAAUUCACCAUCGGCUACAUGGCCCAGCAUCUGCAGAUUCUAUCCGAUAUGCGACUGGUUGUGGCCCAUCAAAGUGGCUUCACUGCCUACUUUUUGCGAGGCGAAGCGACUGCUAUGUCUUUGGUUCAUCCUGAAAACCAGCUAUGUGCAUUUUUGAAUUACUCCGGAGUGGAUGCUGUUCGGGUUAUUGAAAUUCUUUGUCCCAGCGGUGGUAACUUUGGGGAGUAUUUGCUGGUAUUCCAAACACUGGCCAUAUACGUGGACUUGCAGGGACGCAAGUCCCGGGACAGGGAAAUAAUGUAUCCCGCCUUUCCCACAUAUAUAACCUUUUGUGAUGGCCAUUUGCUGGUGUUCUCGGACACACACUUGGAUAUAUUCAAUACCCAGACCGCUGAGUGGGUGCAGUCCAUCGGUCUGAAGCAAUCACUUCCACUGAAUAAUCUGGGCAAUGUGGUGUUGUCUUCCGUCAAUGACACCCCCUUGAUUGUUUACCUGUCCAAUAUUCACACAAAGGGCCUUCUGCAAUGUCGAGACGGAACUCGAAAGGGUCUUCCAAAUAUUAAGAGGAGAUUUUCUAUAAGAGAGAUUAAUAAAACAAUCAAAAGCGAUCGUAGAUCAAAGAUGAUAUCGGCACCGACUAACUUCAACCACAUCUCGCAUAUGGGCCCCGGCGAUGGCAUUCAAAAUCAACGACUCCUAGACCUACCAACCACUCUCGAAACAGCCGACCAAGCCUGCAGUCCAAUAAUACAUUCUCUGAGUUCCAUACCCCAGACUAGAAAAUCAAAUUUUCUAGAACAAGUGGAUGGAAACUCUGAUGAUUAUGGAAACGAUAAUAUAAUCUCUCGAACGCCCAGUCCAAUGGCAUCGUCCUUCAUGGACGGCUUAAGCAAUAACGAAUAAUUUCAGUCAGAAAAUCUCUACACAUGUGUAAUUUACUCGAUUUUUUAAGAUAACUGUUUGUAAUAAACAUAUUUAAUUUCUCGAAUAUCAA